AUGGAUCGUUCUGACAUUCAACUGAUUUUAAACCAUCUCAAAUUAAGUGAAGAUUGUGUUGCUAAUAUCUAUCAUCAUGGUUCAUGGGUCUAUGGCACGAAUAAACCCAACUCUGAUCGAGAUAUUUUUAUUAUUGCCCGUUCAUUUAGUCAAAAUCCAUUACAAUUUUGGAAGGAUUUUGAUUAUUUUCAUGAACAUGAAGUCUAUAAAUUAUUGAAUAAAUAUGAUAUUUGUAUUUAUUCAGUAGAAAAUUUCGAAUUACUGUUAGAAAACAAUUAUUUGAUGGCUGUUCAAUGCAUAUUCUUACCAAAUGAAUAUAAAAUUAAAGAAGAUAUCGAUUUUCGACAAAUUUACUUAGACAAAUAUUAUGAUACAUUAAAAUUAAAACGAGCUGGAUUCUAUGAAAUGUACAGAGACAUGAAGUUAUAUAGUCCUAAUGCUAAUUUAGAUGAUUCAUUGCACAAUUCAAUGUCAAGUGAGCGAUGUCAAUCACGUCGAAAUCAUGUAUUUAAAAAUUUAUUUCAUGGUAUUCGAUACUUAGAUUUUGUUGACCAAUUAAUUCAAACAAAAUCGAUAUAUGAUUAUAAACGUGUAACACAUAUAUUUCAUCAGAUGAAAGAAAUACUUGGUGAUCCAGGAGAUCAAUCAAGCAUGAAACGUGUAUUUGAGUUUGUUUGUGCAAAAAAUGAUGAAUUUAAAUCCAGAUUAGAUGCAUUGGUACCAACAAAUAAUAUUAAAGGUAUUUUCGAAGCACAGAUUAUAUUUGAUUGCACACAGAACACUGAACAAGUUAUUGAAAAACUUAAACAAGCAUGUGAUAAUACAAAAUAUACUCUUCAUUUAAUUCAAUUAGAUACGAAACAAGGAAAUAAAAGACUUCAACAAUUGAUGACAUCAUCUUUUCAUUGCGGUGAAUAUCAAUCUAUUGUUUUACAAAUCAAAGAAGAAGCAUAUCAACAUUUUCAAGAGUUUAAUAUCGUACGUAUUAAAAUUAAAUCUUCAACAUCAAAUGAAGGUAUACCACAAACUGAUAUUGAUAUGAAAUUAUUCUGGAAUAAAAUUAGAAAUUAUUUUGAAUUUAAUUAUCAUGUAUCAUUAGAAAAUGACCAUAAUGGAGAAAACUUAAAAAAGUUUAUAAAUCAAUGUCAAGUCAAGUAUAGACUUAAUUCACAAUUAUCACGUAAUAAAAGUAAACAGAUUAAUGAAAAGAACUUUCACCAUAGGAUUACAAUGGAUCUAUUUCAUGUUGGUCGAAAAAGAGCAUUUGAACUAAAUGAUGAAAUUGUCAAAUAUUCAACGAGCAAUAAUUUUCCACCACCAGAAAUCACAUAUGGAUUUAUUAUCUACGAUUCAUCUUCUGAACUCAAUCACAGUUAA